AUGGCCCACAAGAGGUCACUGGAAGCACUGGACAAAACAUUGAAAUAUUUACAUGACAAUCAAAAUAUUUUUGGUCGAGCAAUGAUUUUGUUGUCAGGUGAUUUUCGCCAAACUCUUCCAGUUAUACCGCGAUCAACUGUUGCUGACGAACUAAACGCAAGCCUAAAAUCAUUAAAUUUGUGGCGUCAUGUUAAGAAACUCCAGUUAACAACGAACAUGCGAGUGGUUUUGCAACAAGAUGAAACAGCAAAAGUGUUUUCAAAGCAGUUACUAAAUAUUGGAAAUGGUAAUGUCGCAGUUGAUGCCUCGAACCGGUUAAUAACAUUUCCCGCAGAUUUUUGCAGUUUUACAAACACAAAGGAGGGGCUUAGUCAAUGCGUAUUCCCAGAUAUAAACCAACAAUUUUACGAUCUCAAUUGGCUGAGCGAACGAACAAUAUUGGCGGCGAAAAACAAAGAUGUCGAUGAUCUCAAUGCAACAAUACAAAGUUUACUUCCAGGGGAAUGCUUUACUUAUAAAUCUGUAGACACAGCUACAAAUCAGGAUGACAUACUCAACUAUCCUACAGAAUUUUUAAAUUCAUUAGAAUUGCCUGGGCUGCCACCACAUAAUUUAAAAUUGAAAGUAGGAUCACUUGUCAUCAUGCUACGUUAUUUAAAUCAGCCCAUACUAUGCAAUGGAACAAGAUUGGUUGUGAAAAAGCUAAUAAAUAAUGUAAUUGUGGCAAAAAUCAUUAAAGGAAAAUACAAGGGACAAAAUGUAUUGAUCCCGCGAAUUCCUAUGAUCCCAACGGAUUUACCAUUUGAUUUCAGGCGUUUACAAUUUCCAAUACGCCUCGCUUUUGCAAUGAGCAUCAAUAAAUCGCAAGGACAGUCGCUGCAGUUCACCGGGUCAGCUAGUCAUUAA